UGUUUUAUAGCUUCCUUAAUAAAAUUAUACCAUUUAAAUGUUAAUAAUAAUUGUUUUGAAAUGAGCAAGUUUAAUAAUGAAGAUAUUGUUAUUGAGAAGUUUAUAUUUAUUAAAUAUUUUCUUUUAUUCAUUAUUUUUGAAAUCAGUAUUCAAGAAGAACAAAGUAACGAUGAAUAUCCCCAAAUAGAUCCUCAACACAUGACUUUUGAUUUCACCGUAAACAAAACAAAAUUGGAACUAGACAUGGAGGAAUGUAUGGCAGAAUAUACUGAAUGUUUAGGAAUUGACAAAAAGAGACCUCUUUGCGCAGAGAACAACAAAGGGGAUCACUCAUUAUUUCAUUCCUUAUGUGAAAUGGAAUAUGAAAAUUGUAGAAAUACUAAAAAUAAAUGGCGAUACAUCAAAGAUGACUGUUGACUGUGAACUUAUACUGAUGAUGUUUAGAAUAAAAGAACGACAUACUCGUGUAUAAAUACUUUAGAAAAUUAUGUAUUUUAGAAAUUUAUACGGUUGAACACAAGCAAACAGUGAAACUGAUAAAAUAUAAAAAUAAUAAUAACACCAGUAGUUGAGGAUAUCUAAAAAUUUAAAUACUAAGAACCUAAUGAAUACGACAUUCCAUCGGAAAAUAUAAGGAAAAUAAACAGUAUUUCUUCAGUCAGUUCCAAAUAAUGUGCUAUUGAUAAAAAGUAAUGUUUUUAUAAAAAUAUAAAAUUAUUGUUUCCUUAAAUAUAUCU